AUGACAACCAUUGAACCGAUUACAACAACGGAACCCACCACAACGCCCACAAACUUAGGUGUGCAGCACAAUGGCUUUAAUGAAAUCGAAAGCAAGGUUGAAAUGGCAACAGACGAAAAGAAGCCAAUAGAAGAAGUCACCGACUCUAAUAAAAUGGUUGAUCAACAAAUUGAGCAUCAACAUCAUGAUCAUGAACACGAUCACCACCACCAUGAAACUGGUAUAGAUCAUGAUAUGGCACAUACCCCCGAACAUAAGACUGAAGAAAUAAUGGAUGUCACUGCCACCGAUGUGCCCAUGACUACAAUCACCAACACCCAAGAACAUUUCAAUCAAAUUUCCCAGGAACCUGAUGAUGCCGAUGCCAAAGAUUUGAAUAAUAUCCGACAUCCCGUUACAUUAAUAACUGCCAGCCAGAGCGAGGAAACCACAGACAAAGACAAUGACAGUUCAAUGAAGUCCUUAGAGGACACUGAAGAUCCUUACCAUGCUCACAUACUAUCUGAAAGUCAUGAUCGUUUGGCCGAACAUGAAGGUUAUCAAAUGAUCUCCAGUACUGAAGAUUCCAGGGAUGUGUCAUCGACAACCACUCAAUCUUCCGACAAACCCAAAGCAUUCGAAGAAACCCAUACUGAUGAAAUUGUUGUCAGUCAAGAGAACGAAGCCACAGCCAAACCUGUCAUGGAAGGCGAAAUGCCAAUGAUACACAACGAAACCAACGAAGGCCGGGCCAGAGCCAUCAACUUAAAUUCCGAAGAUAGUGUGGCACCCACAACCAUGGAUUCCACGACCAGCACCACACCUGCGGGACCAAUUAUAAGCAUAAUCGAAGGAUUACAACACCACAUGCAUGAAAAUCCAACUGAACAUGGCCACGACCAUGCUACACAUGAUCACAGUCAGCAUAUGCACCGCGAUGGCGACGAGUUGACCUCUACCACCAGCACCACAGAAAAAAUGCAUGAAAUGCCAUCUGUUUAUGUAUUCAAUGGUGAGGGUCGUUCCGUUGACUCCUCCAUAUCGGCUGAGGAUGAUUUGUCGCAUCUGAAUUAUCAUUAUAACUUUGUCACCACCGAAAGGGUACACGACCCGCAAAAUGAGCAGAAAAACGCCGCCAUCAACGACUUGAGCAAUAUCAGCAUGGAGGAUGAUGAACAACAGAAUAAAAGCCAGGAAUAUUCACAGCAACAACAACAACACGAACAACAUCAACAACAUAAUGUUUUUGCCGUCUCCGAAAAUCACAAGGAAGAUCAUGAGGCGCAUAUGAAAAUAACAGAAAUUACUGCAGCCGGCGAUGUAAUGCAUCGUGAAUGUUUAGCAGAUGGUCAAAGUUAUAAGAAUGGCGAAAAUAUGGAACGUGGCUGUGAUGAACGUUGUACUUGUAAUCGUGGUGAAUGGAUUUGUUCACCUCGAUGCCAGGGCAAAACCUUUAAACGUGGCACAAUGGCAACGAUGAUGGCUGACGAAGACGAGACAAGGAAAUGCCGUGAAAUUGAUGUCGAAGAUGACGAAUGUUGCAGCCGAAUGGAAUGUUCUACAAGUGAAGAAGGCUUCCUGCCCACACAGUCUACAAUGCAUACUGAUGAAGCUAUGAAUGCAUCCAUACAUAAAACACGUCCCGACUGCUUCUUCAAUGGUGGUAUUUAUAAAUUCCGUGAGCGUCUGGAAAUUGGAUGUGAACAAAUUUGCCAUUGUGAUGAGGGCGGCAUUAUGAACUGCAAACCCCGUUGCCCCGAACGCAACCACACUCGUCCCGACAAGUGUGUCUUCGUUAAAGAUCCCAAAGACGUAUGCUGCCAGCUGGAAUUCUGCGAUGUCACAUUGGAUGAUCACGAACAAAGACCAUCACCAUCGGCUGCCCACAAUUCCAUUGGUGAUGAUGGUUAUGGCUUCCAAGAGGCCCGCGAUAUCGAUGGUGCUGGCGGUCAGGGUUCGUGUGAAUAUAAGGGCCAGAUGUAUGCUGAAGGUAAACAAUUUCACGAUGGCUGUGAACAGUUGUGUUUGUGUACCGCCGAGGGGGUUCACUGUGCCAAAUUGCAGUGUCCCACCUCAUUUGGUUUGGACGUUCUGAACCCACAUUGUUUACGCUGGGAACCUGAACCGGCCAACUUCGAACCCAUUGCACCCAAUUGUUGUCCAGAUAGUAUGCGUUGCGUCGACAAUGGCACCUGCGAAUAUCGUGGUGAAGAAUUUGAGAAUUGGUCCCAAAUACCCACCAAUCUAACCGGUUGUGACCAACAUUGUUAUUGUGAAAACGGUAAAGUAGAAUGUCGUCCAGCUUGUCCCCCCGUUUUGGCUUUGCCACCCGCCGAUUUACCUUGUCAUCGGGCACAGGCCCGCCUAUUACCCAUACCCGACGAUGAAUGUUGCAAACAUUGGGCUUGUGCUCCGAUACCCAAUCAAACUGAGAGACCCUAUCACGGUGGCCAACAGCACGAAGAGGAUGAGGAAGAGGAGGAAGCCUCACAGGAACACUUGGGACACAAUGAACACCCACAAAUGGAAAAUGCCAACAAAAAACAUGAAUCUGUCGCCGCCACUAUUGGUGUUAGCAACGACGAAACAGAAAAGAAGCCAACAACAACAAAUGCAUUCUAUCCCACAUUGGAUGGUAAGCCCCCUAAAGGUAGUGCAGCGGCGCCACCCUUCGGUUUCGAUUAUAAAACUGAAAAACAUGAGAAACACGAAAAACAUGAUAAACAUGGGAAGAAAGCUCCCGUUCCAGUUAAACCUCAACAAAAUGAUGUCAAAUAUGAUGUCCACGAACAGCAAGAGGAUGAUAUACCCGUGCAUCAGCAUCCCGGUCUAGGACCUGGUUAUGUUCCUGUUCAUUUAACUCCCGGUGGAGUGGCCAUUUCGCCAUAUGACAGUGUGAAUUACAAUCAAAAUCUGGCACCACAACAUCCUGGCCCACAAGGACCUUAUGGGCCUUUCUAUCACAACGAAGCCUUUAAUCCGUAUGAACAAUAUGAUCUAAAUCCCAAUGGUAUACCUCAAGGCAAACCUCCAGCACCCACAAGUCAAUCGGAUCUGUUUAAUAUAAUAGGAGCAGGAGUACCAGGUGGCGGCAAGUUGGGUCAAUCAAAUUUACCACCACAUGUUCGUAUCGAACACAUUCUACAACAUCUACAGCAAAAUGUCAAUCCAGCCAUACAGAAUGGUGCAAAUGCACCCCAAGGACCUUUUGUGCAUGUCAACACAAGUGGUACCGGAGGACAGGCGCCUCAAUAUGUCCCCAUUGUUCAUAGUGGCCUACCACCUCCACCGCCAGGUCAUGGUAUUGCCAUUGUCGAUGGCCAUCCGGUUUCGUAUGGUGGUUAUCCUGUUAUACCCGGUGUGGGUCCAGUACCCACUCAUCUCGGCCAUAAUGCCGGACAUGCGUCAACAACAACUGCUAACGGUCUGCAGACACAAUCUUCGGAGCAUGGUGCUGUAACGAAGACCCAAAAAACAGGUUUCAAUAACUUACAACCCGAUAUUGAAGUACACACUCUGGAAGCCAUUGAUGCCCGCACGGUUCGCAUUGUCUUCACCGUUCCCCAAGUCUAUGUUAAUUUACAUGGCCGCGUGGAAUUACGUUAUACCAAUGGACCUGGUAACGACACUUCUAAGUGGGAACAACAAAUAUUUGCCCCACCAGAAGACUUAAUUGCCACAUCGCAAAUGGAAUUCGACUUGCCUGGUUUGGAACCAAAUUCGUUGUACAAAAUCAAAAUUACUCUAAUUUUGAGAGAUUUGAAUUCCCAGCCCACAAGCUCAAUUUACACUGUCAAAACACCUGCCGAAAGAACGAUUACCCCACCUCCACCACCAUCCGAUUAUCGUCCCGACUUCCAAGAUAUCUUCAAAUCUGUUGAAGACCCAGAAUUGAAUGUCAGCGAAAGUAACUCGACUUGGUUGCAUUUGACGUGGAAGAAACUUUCCGAUGAUCACUUGGAUUAUGUUGAUGGUAUCCAGUUGAGAUAUAAGGAAUUGACUGGCAUGAUUUACUCAUCCUCGCCGCUGAUACAUCGUUCCCUUACCUCAUACACCAUCGAGAAUCUGCAACCCGAUACUGGCUAUGAAAUCGGUCUCUACUACAUACCAUUCCCUGGCCAUGGUGCUGAGAUGAGAGCUGGUCAUAUGAUUAAGGUUCGCACUAGUCCAAAGGUGGAUGUAUUUGCUUUCGAUGUUACCGUCAAUGUUACCAAGAUCAAGGCCCAAAGUGUUGAAGUUACAUGGAGUGGUGUACCAUAUCCCGAAGAUAAAUAUGUCAAUAUUUAUAGAGCUAUAUAUCAAAGUGAUUCGGGUAAGGAGGACUCAAGUGUGUUCAAGGUAGCCAAGAGAGACAGCUCAACGGGUACACUGAUUAUGGAUUUGAAACCUGGCACUAAAUAUCGUCUAUGGUUGGAGAUGUACAUGACCAAUGGCAAGAUUAAGAAGAGUAAUGUUGUCAACUUCAUUACCAAACCAGGUGGCAAUGCUGCACCGGGUAAAACUGGUAAACUAUUACAUGCUGGUGUCGAUCAGCCUGUGGGAGAUUACUAUGGACCAUUGGUGGUUGUUUCAGUUGUUGCAGCUUUAGCUAUUAUGUCGACUUUAGUGUUAUUACUGAUACUGACAAGAAGGCGUGUCCAUCAAACCGCUUCCAUAACCCCACCCCGUAAGAGUGAUGCCGCCUAUGAUAAUCCAUCGUACAAGGUUGAUAUUCAGCAAGAGACAAUGAAUCUGUAGCGGUUUUAAACGAUAAAUAAGUGGAUUUCCUGGAAAUCCUUUUGUCAUCGUAUUUCUAUUAUUUCUACUCAAAAUCAAAAACAUGAAAUCCUAGUUGUGUCUUAGUAAAUAGGUUUGAAAAACAAAUUUUAAUGUAAAUAUUUAAAAA